AACAUUUUUUUGGUCUUUUGACUAAUAUCAAAUCAAGAGGCUGUGUAUUUAUCGGUAGGCUUACGACCCGCACGCUUUCGCUGGAGAAAGAGUGAGAGAACAACCGUUCCACGUAGAGUCGCUACGCCUCGCAAACCUCAUCUUUGCCACGUUCUGUCUAUAUUUCUAUGGCAGUCUUUCUAAUUACGCAGUUACAAAGCAGUAAAUGUAAUAUAAAGUAGUUAAUGUAAAUCACUUGCACAUAAAUUAUAUUUCUUAACAAGAAUAAUAAUACGAACGGGGGAAAGAAGUGGAGCACGUGUAACUCCAAGCCAGGGUCACUAUACCUUUCCUUCUAAUCAAAGAAUAUAUUAACAGACAGCGAGACCGAUCAAGGUUCGCUUAUAAAAUUCCGUCAUUUAACAUAUAUCACGCUCGAGAGUUAAUAGCAAAUAUAUAAUAUAUAACAAAGCUACGACAAAUAUAUCUCUUUUUUACUAAACAGUGAUAGUGUCUUCAUUUAGUGCGUGGGUCCUAAUUCUAUGAGCGAACAGAUCCUGGAAAUAAAUCCUUCCUUAGCGGCUACAACAUCUAAUUUAACAGAUAGUAUAGCAUUUUGCUCUAUGAUAUAGAUUGUCAUCGUAGCCAGUAUAAAGUUCUCUUUUUAAUAGAGUCGUCGCUGCUGUUAAUUUCAUAAAAAAUUAUUUGAAAAUUGAACGUGAAUUACUUUCUGAAUUACUUCAGAAUUUGUAGAAGAUGGAAAAUAACAAACGGUUCAAUCCAUAUAUUAACGUUGAUGCUGCAGAAGAAAUAGUUAUCUCUGGCAUUGCCGGACGAUUUCCUAAUUGUAACAACAUAAAAGAAUUUCAGGACAAUCUUUUCAAUAAAAUGGAUCUUGGUUCGAGCGCUCAUCAACGCUGGACUAACUGUAUCUUUGAACUACCUCCUCGAAUAGGAAAAACCAACAAUAUACAAAAAUUUGACGCAGAAUUCUUUAACAUAUCGGCCGAAGAAGCUCAUGUGAUUGAUCCUGGAUGCAGAAUGUUACUUGAGCAUACUUAUGAAGCAAUUAUUGAUGCGGGUGUAAAUCCCGCAGAAUUACGAGGAACAAACACAAGCGUUAUUACAGGAAUAAUUGCUUGUGAUACAUAUAUAGAUUUAGUAUAUGAAAAACCUCACAUUGCUGGAUUACCCAUUCUUGGAUGCAAUAAAGGCGUGAUAGCAAACAGAAUUUCUUAUUGGCUCGGCGUUACUGGACCAUCGUAUAACAUCGAUAGUGCAUGUAGCUCGAGUCAUUUCGCUAUGGUAGAAGCUUACAGGAUGAUUCGAUCUGGCAUUUGCGAAGCGGCUAUUGUUGCUAGCGUCAAUUUGUGCAUUAAUCCUUUUCUAACUUGCCAGUAUUCUCGUUUGGGAGCUCUAUCCAAUGAAGGCUACUGUAAACCUUACGAUAAAGAAGGCUCUGGUUACAUGCGUAGUGAUGCAGCUGUAGUAGUGUAUUUACAAAAAGCAAUCGAUAGACAAGAUACAGCACACGCAAUUUGA